AUGCCUACUGUUCAUCUACUUGACUAUGUCGCUGGAAACGUGCGGUCUUUGGUGAAUGCCAUUAACCAGGUUGGUUAUGAAGUUGAAUGGGUGAGAUCGCCUAGCGACUUGAAAAAUGUCGAGAAACUCAUCCUUCCGGGGGUCGGCCACUUUGGCCAUUGUCUUUCCCAGCUGUCGAACGGUGGUUACUUGCAGCCGAUAAAAGAACAUAUAGCUUCCGGGAAACGUUUUAUGGGUAUAUGUGUUGGUUUACAGGCGCUUUUUGAGGGCUCCGAGGAAGAUUCCAACGUUGCUGGUCUCGGUUUAAUUCCGAUGCGCAUGCACAAGUUCAAAACUAAAACAAAGAGUGUUCCUCAUAUCGGCUGGAACUCGGCGACGAAUACCCGUCUCGACACCUCUGGGGGGCAAAGCUUUUAUGGGUUAAGCCCAAGUAGCAAAUACUACUAUGUGCACUCAUAUGCUGCGCUCUAUGAUCCAGAUGUUCUCGAGCAAGAUGGUUGGCUAGUUGCCACAGCGAGCUAUGGAGAGGAGAAAUUUAUUGGCGCAAUAGCACGAGACAAUAUCUUUGCGACGCAGUUCCACCCCGAGAAGAGUGGUCAAGCAGGCCUGCGCACACUUCGCGCUUUCUUAGACGGUACCAAGAUUCACCUUUCCGGCCCGGAAGAAUCGAUGUGGGCGGAAAGUCAAAACGGCCUUACCCGCAGAAUUAUCGCCUGCCUUGAUGUGCGCACAAAUGACAUUGGUGACCUUGUUGUAACCAAAGGCGAUCAAUAUGAUGUACGGGAAAAGAAUGAUGCGGAUGUAGGAGGGCAAGUGCGAAACUUGGGGAAGCCAGUUGAUAUGGCCAAAAAAUAUUACGAGCAAGGGGCAGAUGAGGUGACGUUUCUGAAUAUUACUUCAUUCCGAAACUGUCCAGUUGCUGAUCUCCCUAUGCUCGAAAUUCUCAGGAGGACUUCAGAGACUGUCUUUGUGCCCUUGACUAUUGGCGGUGGUAUCAGAGAUACCGUGGAUACAGACGGUACUCACAUCUCAGCUCUAGACGUGGCAACAAUGUACUUCAAGUCCGGGGCCGAUAAAGUCAGUAUUGGUUCGGAUGCUGUUACUGCUGCCGAGGAGUUUUAUGAAGCCGGCAAAGUGCUCUCUGGGAGAACGGCCAUAGAAACAAUUUCCAAGGCAUACGGAAAUCAGGCCGUCGUUGUAAGCGUCGACCCAAAGCGCGUAUAUGUGAGCAAACCAGAAGAUACACAGCACCAUACCAUAAAAACGAAGCACUCGGAUGCCACUGGGCAGACCUUCUGUUGGUAUCAGUGUACGAUCAAGGGUGGGAGAGAGACUCGGGAUAUAGAUGUCUGCCAGCUGGUGCAAGCCGUCGAAGCGAUGGGCGCGGGAGAGAUUCUACUCAACUGCAUCGACAAAGAUGGAAGCAACAGUGGGUUUGAUCUAGAACUUAUCAAUCACGUCAAGGCCGCAAUAACUAUACCCGUGAUUGCUUCCAGCGGAGCUGGUAUGCCCAAACAUUUUGAAGAAGUCUUCGAUCAAACAACAACUGAUGCCGCCCUCGGCGCUGGAAUGUUCCAUCGUGGUGAAUAUACUGUUGAUGAGGUUAAGCACUACCUUGAUACUAGAGGUUUUCUUGUUCGAAGGUUUGAGCCUAACAUUUAG